CUCCGCGGCCGAGCUGAGCGGCCCCGCCCCGCCGCCCCCUCCUCCCGCUCGCCUUGCCCCGGGCCCCCGUGGGCGGCGGAGUGGGCCCCGGGCCCCCGCGAGGCUGGCCCGGCCAUGGAGCCCCCGCCGGCGGAGAACCCGAGCAAGGCGGCGGAGUACCUCAAGGAGCUCAACAAGAUCAUCGAGACGCAGCAGGAGCUGCUGGAGAAGCAGAAGCUCCGCAUCGACGAGCUCGAGCAGCAAGUGGCCAAGCUGGACCGCGAGAACGGGCGCCUCCAGGACGAGCACCAGCGGCACCUGGCCACCUGCACGCUGCUCCUCCUCCAGCACCAGCAGCUGCAACAACAACAGCAGCAGCAGCAGCAGGGGACCUUACCCGCGCUCCCGCCGCCCAUGCCUCCGGGGGACAGCCAGGAGCACGCCAAGGAUGAAAAGUCUGAAGGUGAAAGUUCAAGAAGCAUCAGGUCUAUAAAUACUCUGCACCAGUUUUGCUGUCCAGCUCCAUUGUACCAUACCCAGCUAACUGUCCCUGCCACACACUCAGAGUACAGGACUUCCUUGGAAACAAGAAGCAGCCUUUCAACUGAUCCGCUCAGUGUCGAAGGUGAGGCCCCUGGAAGUGAAACGGGAACCUCAUUGGACAGUCCAUCUACCUAUCAUCAAGGAGCUAUUACGCACAGCUCAACUCUAAGCCCAGACCAUUACGACCAUUCUCCUUAUGGCCUGUAUUCCAUCUCCCCGGGGCAGCAAAGACCCCGGAGGCCGAAACUUCAACAUUCAACAUCCAUAUUGAGAAAACAAGCGGAAGAAGAAGCUAUUAAAAGAUCAAGGUCCCUUUCAGAGAGCUAUGAACUCUCAUCUGACUUGCAAGAUAAGCAGGUUGAAAUGCUAGAACGGAAAUAUGGAGGCCGUCUCAUAACUAGACAUGCUGCUCGUACUAUACAGACUGCAUUUCGCCAGUAUCAGAUGAACAAAAACUUUGAGCGGCUUAGAAGUUCUAUGUCUGAAAAUCGUAUGUCAAGACGCAUUGUACUGUCCAAUAUGAGAAUGCAGUUUUCGUUUGAAGGGCCUGAGAAAGUCCAUAGUUCCUACUUUGAGGGGAAACAAGUUUCUCUUACAAAUGACGGAUCAAAAUUAGGAGCCCUUGUCCAAUCUGAAUGUAGUGAUCUUGGUGAAUCAGCAGCAAUGAAAUCUCCAGCAGCAUCCACUGACUUUGCUGAUGCUAUAACAGAACUCGAGGAUGCAUUUUCAAGACAAGUAAAAUCUCUUGCAGAGUCAAUUGAUGAUGCACUAAAUUGCCGUAGCCUGCACUCUGAUGAGGUCCAGAUACCAGAUCAAGUAAGGAGUCGUGAGCUGGAGCGGGACAGUUGUGGUCAGAGUAAACCAACAAGUCAUAAUGUGGAUCAUAGGAAACUUGAUGAAAUGACUGCAUCUUAUAGCGAUGUUACAUUAUAUAUCGAUGAGGAAGAACUAUCCCCACCACUUCCCCAGUCCGUAGAUAGGCCAUCAAGUACAGAAUCUGAUUUAAGGCUUCGGUCAAUGAACCCAUCUCAAGAGUACUGGUCUAUGACACACAAGGAUCAUAAAAUGGACACUGACACAAGUUGCAGGAGUACCCCCUCCUUAGAGUCCCAAGAGCAGAGAAUGAGGAUGGAUCACCUGCCUUUACUAACCAUAGAACCACCAAGUGACAGUUCAGUGGACUUAAGUGAUCGUUCAGAGAGAGGAUCAUUAAAGAGACAGAAUGCAUAUGACCGAGGAGUUACUAGUCAGCAAGGUAGCCCAAAACACAUCUCACAUGGCAUCCCCACCAAGAUAAUAACUCGAGAAGAUCAGGAGACUAGACAUAGACCAAGACCCAUUGACAGCCACUUAGUCAUUAAUGGCACAGCAAACAGACAAAGCAAAUCUGAGUCUGAUUACUCUGAUGGAGACAACGACAGCAUCAACAGCACUUCCAAUUCCAAUGACACAAUAAACUGCAGCUCAGAAUCCUCUUCUCGAGACAGCCUAAGGGAACAAACAUUGAGCAAGCAAACAUACCACAAAGAGACUCGGAAUAGUUGGGAUUCACCUGCCUUCAGUAAUGAUGUCAUUAGGAAACGUCACUACAGAAUUGGACUCAACCUUUUUAAUAAAAAACCUGAAAAAGGAGUUCAGUACCUGAUUGAGAGGGGGUUUGUGCCAGAUACACCUGUUGGAGUGGCCCACUUUCUUCUGCAGAGAAAAGGGCUCAGCAGACAGAUGAUUGGAGAAUUCCUCGGAAAUCGUCAAAAGCAGUUCAACCGAGAUGUAUUAGACUGUGUUGUGGAUGAAAUGGACUUCUCAGCUAUGGAACUGGAUGAAGCACUCAGGAAAUUUCAAGCUCAUAUCCGUGUCCAAGGAGAAGCUCAAAAAGUGGAACGGCUCAUUGAAGCUUUUAGCCAGAGAUACUGCAUAUGCAAUCCAGGCGUUGUGAGGCAAUUCAGAAAUCCUGAUACCAUCUUCAUUCUAGCUUUUGCAAUUAUAUUACUAAAUACAGAUAUGUAUAGUCCAAAUGUGAAACCAGAACGCAAAAUGAAGCUUGAAGAUUUUGUCAAGAAUUUAAGAGGUGUGGAUGACGGUGAAGAUAUCCCACGAGAGAUGCUUAUUGGGAUUUAUGAGAGAAUCCGAAAGCGGGAACUCAAGACAAAUGAGGAUCAUGUGUCACAAGUCCAAAAGGUUGAAAAACUCAUCGUAGGAAAGAAACCGAUUGGAUCUCUCCAUCAUGGACUUGGUUGUGUUCUCUCCCUUCCCCACCGAAGACUUGUUUGCUACUGCAGGCUUUUUGAAGUUCCAGAUCCAAAUAAACCUCAGAAGCUUGGAUUACACCAGCGAGAAAUAUUUUUAUUUAAUGAUCUCCUUGUGGUCACCAAGAUCUUCCAAAAGAAGAAGAACUCAGUCACAUAUAGUUUUCGACAGUCAUUUUCCCUCUAUGGAAUGCAGGUCCUUCUCUUUGAGAACCAGUAUUAUCCAAAUGGUAUACGACUCACAUCAGCUGUUCCAGGAGCAGAUACAAAAGUCCUUAUAAAUUUCAAUGCACCAAAUCCCCAGGACAGAAAAAAAUUUACAGAUGAUCUGAGGGAAUCUAUUGCAGAAGUCCAAGAAAUGGAAAAGCACAGAAUAGAGUCCGAACUAGAAAAACAGAAAGGUGUGGUGCGGCCAAGUAUGUCUCAGUGCUCUAGCCUCAAGAAGGAGUCUGGCAGUGGAGCUCUGAACAGAGCCUGCCUUGACGACAGUUAUGCCACUGGAGAGGGGCUUAAACGGAGCGCCCUUAGCAGCUCUCUCAGAGACCUCUCUGAAGCAGGCAAGCGUGGGCGACGCAGCAGUGCAGGAUCGCUAGACAGCAAUAUGGAAUUUCAGCAUUUUGAGCCACCUCAGUCACAAGGACUGUACAUCUAACUGGCAGAAACAAAACGAACCGCAGAACUGCACCAGCAGAAUUGUGAAUGUGGUUUAAAAGAAGAGGAGGAAAAAAGUUCCAGUGAGAGAUGGGUAAAACAAAACAAAACAAACAAAAGACUGUUGCUUCUGAAUGUAGAAGUAAUGUGUGAAGAUGUCUUUGCUUAUAUUGGUUAUUAAUUAAUGUCUCCAGUUUGGUUUUUCUUUUUCUCUCCCUGCUAUGGAUUAUUAUGCCAUGACUACCAGCAAAACUGAAAUAUGAGUACUUGUGUUAACUCUCAGUUAACACAAACUCAGCCCACAUAGAGUUUAGUCUGUUUAAAUUUGUCUGUUGUUUCCUAUAUGUGUGCAAUACCUUGUUUUAUUUUUCUUUCUAAAUUAACUUCAUAUGAAAUGGAAGUAAUAAAAGUAAAUUAAAUGGUCAACCAGGCUGUCCUAAAUUGUGCAGAGGACUCAAGAGGGCUUGUUUCAGCCCUGGAGGCUCUGUUCCUUGCAGUUUAAAUUGCUUUGUUCUUAUAAGGGAUAACAGAACUGUCUGCAUGUCAUCUAAUGUUAAUAGUGUUGAAGCUACACUCUACAUAUUGUAUAUUUGCAAAAUAUAUCAGUGUUACUGUUGAUAUUAGUUGAAGUAAAGUGAUAACAUAUUUAAAUAUGUAGGCUUUUCUUCAGACCUUUGUACCAAUAGUAGAGUCUAACUGUAAUUUAUAAGUUGUCCCAAAAAAGAUACAACUGGUGGUGGGCCUUUCUUUUACCUUGUCACUGUACAUUUUGCAUGAACCAAGCUCAAAGCACAGGAUUUCGUAGUUAUGUUUUUAAAAAACUGAUGCCACAUCUAAAAUAAUUUUGAAAUGAGUUGCCCAUCCUUGUAUUCCAAGUAAUUUAUUCUCCCAGGUAAUCCCAUGAAAGAGUUUACAUUUGUGGCUUCUUAUGCAUUUAGGAUAAAACACUUGGUGUUCCAUUGUCCGUAUAUGGAAGAUAUAAAUACAGAUAAUACACUGGAAUCAAAUCGUAAAGCGCAUGGCAAAUUACAUGAUCUAAGAAAGUUCUUUUUUUCCUUUUCUAUAAAUAUAUCCAGUUAAUGUGUAUUAUAUUUUUGAACCGAAAACCAACAUGACACUGGCACACAGUGGAAUUUCCUUCUCUCCACACUGAAGUUCUCCAUAUUAUCAGCAAAGUGGCUUUAGUGAUUAUUUGGGGGCCAUAUGAGGCUGCAAUGGAGAAGUGGGGUUUUACCCCCUCUUUUUUCUAUGGGCUUCAGGAUUGAUGCUAUUCCAAAUGUCAUUACUUUUUACUGGAGUAAUUUAUGGUGCCAGCAGUGCCGGCCCAACAUAGAGGCCAAUGUAAGCUCCUGCUUGUGGCGCAUUGUCCCUAGGGGUGCCAUCGAGGCGCCCCCGCAGCAGCGGCAGGGACCAUCGGCUCCCUCCUCACCAAACGCGGUAGACCUCAUUUGAGGCCUUCCGUGUUUGGCGAGGAGGGAGCCGAUGGUCCCCGCCACCACCAAAGGUAUGUGCAGGGCCUUGGGGGGGUGCAAUUUCGGGGGGGGGGGCACUAGGUUUGCCUACAAGGCGAAAUUACCUCGGGCCGCUUCUGGGUGCCAGGAUAACUGUUAGUGCAGUAGUUCUCAACCUGUGGGUCCCCAGAUGUUUUGGCCUUCAACUCCCAGAAAUCCUAACAGCUGGUAAACUGGUUGGGAUUUCUGGGAGUUGUAGGCCAAAAACCAGGGGACCCACAAGUUGAAAACUACUGUGUUAGUACAAAAAUUCAAAUUCUGUUUCUUCUCAUUUGGGAAAAAGUACAGUAAUUACAAUUUGCCUCAGUAUAGAGUUUAUGAUUGUGUUUAGAAAGAGAAAGGGUAGUUCGUAGAAAGCUUUUGUUAUUUUUUUCUUAUUAGUUUAAAUCAGUCCAGAAUGCUAUUGAGCCGUGUGUUUGUCUUCCCGUCAACAAUUUGGCAACAAUCUAAAAAAAUUAAAAGUCUAAAUCAGCUUGCCAAAAUAUCUUUUCUGGGACAACAGUCAAAUGUGUAUUUGUUUUAAUCCUUUUUUAAGUUAAAAAUGAAAUGUACAACAAUGUAAAAAAAAAAGUAAUCCUAAUAUAAUGUACAUGUCUUGUAUUGCUAAAAAGAAGUCUUCAAGCAUAACAUUGUAGAAAGAUUUUCCCAUCAAGCACUGCAUGCAGCAGAAGCCUCUUGUUUCUUGAUUUUAAAAUGAGCUGAAAAAGUCAGCAGCUAUUUAAACAAUGACUCUCUACAUGUUGACUUGCUGUUCCAUAUAAAGCCGUGCGUUUCCUGCAAUUAAGCAUGCAUUUUGCUGUUUCCGUUGUUAAAUAUCAUCACACCUUGCCUGAAAAAAGAGUAAUUGUGUAUAUAGCUAAAAGGGAAAAAGUGACCAAUAAUCAGAUAAAAAAUUGUGGGAGGGAAAGAGCUAGUGGAAACAGGACCAAGUAGGGGAAAAACUGAAUUCUCUAAAUUGUAUAUAGUGUGUAAAUUAGUAUUAAUAUAAGUCUGCAGUCACUUUCAGGUUGCAUACAGUACCUGUCUCCUGCUAGGAACUUUAAUCCCAGCUUUGAGUUGUAUUAAACUGUUAGAAUUAGGUCUUGAAUGCAGACUGUUAAAAGACUUCAAGAAACAUCAUGCUCAUGAGAAGCUUCUGUUAUGGGAGGCUCAAGCCCCAUUUUGUAACUGUUGGGAAGGAAGGAGUGCUUUCAUUUUAAUAUGCAUUGUUUGUAAGUAGUAUCAGACCUUAUCGUUGUAAAACUAUAACUGUGAUUAUGUGGGAAAUCAAAUAAAUCACUUUGAACUCA